AUGCCGCCGCCCGCCUCGAAGUCCUCUCCAGCAGGGCCGGACUCUAGUACGAGUACGCCCCGCUCAUCACCUCCCUCAUCCGCGAAGGAUACGCCCCUUCCUCCAUCAGGAAGUCACCGGAAUCUCCGGCGUCGAGCAGAACCGGCUCGUGGUCGGAGCUCAGGUGCGCGAUUCCCUCAUCGAGUCCAAAACCGGGCCCGAACUCAUCUCCCACUUCGAGACCGGCGGCGCCGAGCUGCUCUACGAGAUCCGCCUCCUCAGCACCUCCUGAAAUUAUAA